AUGAAGACACUGACUCUGUUUGCACUGGUUUGUGUCAUGAUGGCUCUGACUGGAGCUGCUGCUGUUCCAGAGGACAAGGCCAAUAAAGACCAAACAGCUGUCAGGCGGUACUACAGAGUAGGAUGCUCCGGGGGUUGGUCUAGUUUCAAUGGCCGUUGUUUCCUCUACAUUCCAAGCCCAAUGACCUGGGCUAAAGCUGAGAAAAACUGUGAGUCCAUGGGAGCAAACCUUGCAUCUGUUCACAACAUCCUGGAAUAUCAAGAGCUUCAGAGGCUGAUCAAGGCCAACAGUCAUGAGGACAAAGUAACCUGGAUUGGAGGCACUGAUGCCCAAGAGGAAAAGAAAUGGCUCUGGAGUGAUGGCACACCUUUCAACUUCUCCACCUGGUGUGGUGGAGAGCCUAAUAACCUCGGGGGCAGGCAGAAUUGUUUGCAAAUAAAUGUUGGAGCUCAGAAAUGCUGGGACGACAUGCAGUGCGACUCACAAAGACCAUCUGUCUGCGCCAGGAAACCCUGA